UAAUUUUAUGAAUUAGCCAAUCAGCCAAUUGCUCACGUGAGCACACGUAUAUGCUGACGUUCUUCUCUUUUUUCGAUAUACCACGUUUAUAUUGACGAAAGAAACGUACACAUCACAGAUGAUAAAAAGAAAAGAAAAGAAAAUCGCUAUUUCUCGCAGCUCUAACGUAUGAAUAAUCUUCUCUUUUUCCCAUAUUUAUGCUUUAUUAUAUCGUUCUCUCAGGAAUGUAUAAAUAACAUUAAAAACUCGAUCUUAUUCGCUUUUUAUUUUUAUUUUAGUAUAAAUAUCACACAGAAACUGUUUUAUACAAUAUUUUGUGUUGUUGUGUGAAGCAAGAGCAAAAGGUAUACAUAUUUUAGACAGCGGAGAAUGAUACUAUUGUUGUUAUCGAACCAAACAUCUUAAACGAUAUUUGAAGUAAAUUGUUUUAUCUGUGUUUAUACUGAUUCUUCUGUGUUGCUUAUUCUUAAUGAUCAAUCGGCCCCUUGUUGAACUUUUACUAUUUCGGUGUAAUUCGUUUGCCGAUUACAUGAUAUAAUUUAGGAAGGUUUUCCUUUUUUCAUAGAAAUGGCUGAUGAUCAAAAGGUUGAACUCAUUAGAAAAUUAAAGGAGGAGGUUAAAGGUUUAUCACAAAACGAAGCAACAGCAAAACUUCAAGAAGCAUUUCCAGACCAUAAAAUUGUACCAAUGCCAUUACAGGGAACUUUUACAAAAGAACUUAUGGAAGGUCGAAUUCGUUUACCGGUAGAUGAUAACGGUGUAGUCAAUGGAGCUCCCGUCUGGGGAUAA